AUGGAGUGGUGGGUAUGGCUGGUGAUCGCCGCGGGCGUCGUGCUGGUGCUGAUGGUCGUCGGGAUCAUCUUGAUGAAGAGGAGGAAGGGAGGAGGAGGAGACGGUGACCAGGCGAAUGUGGAAGCGGCGGCUGAGCAGAGGUGCUCAUGGCCAGAGAAAGUCGUGUCAGGAUCGUGUACAAAGGAGGAGGCUGAGGAACAGGACGAGGACGUGAGGUUGGAGGCAGCGGUGGGGUUCGAUGGAUGGGGGCUGGUACAAACUAUCGACGAUCCCGAGAAGAAGAAACUCUUGAGCUCCAAGAGCGAUGACGGGGAUGAGGCCGAUGCUUUCAACGGACUUUACGUGGGCAAGUUGGGCGGGGGAGUCGCCGAUCCUCCUUCCAUCGGUCUCGGUACAGUCUUCCCCGAUCCUGAGAGUCACAAUCCUCGUCCUGAUCCUCAUAGAAUGAUCGUCAAGAAGCUUCCUUCGCCGCCAAGUGUUGGAAACGGUCGAAGGUCUACAUUCGACGAACAUUUGCGAGCAGCCGAUGAACCGGCAGUUGAGGCAGAGGCGGAGGCGGAGGAGGGGGGGACUAAAAUUCUAGCACACAUGCAUGAUUGGGGAGGAGAAGUGCCUGAAGAUGAAAAGGACAAUCGGCCUUCAGAAAACGGAAGCAUACUGAGCCCUGCCAUGGUCGAGGAGAACAUAGCGGAGGAUCCCUCGGUGACGCGGAAGAGGUUCACAGGGUACUCGCAGACACCUGCAUCUCGGAAGAGGAAUGGCACGGACCUCGUUGGUGCCGCCGACCUCCAGCUGAGCUCAUCUCCAUCGCCGAACUCUUCGCGCAACUCUGAACAUGGGUGGAGCGAUGAUUCCAUCAAGUCUCGGACUCUCUCUUCCUCUGACUCCUCUGACUCUCCCGCCAGGUGGGUCCAGGGGUUCCGCGUCCGUGCGCCAUCCAUGUCUCCUCCUCAGACUCGAUCGAGACGGAGGAUCCUUGCGCUGCAUCAAGAGGAUGGGAGCGAGCGAGUGGGCGACUGGAGCGAUCACGGCAUGGGAGGAAAGGAGGAGAUCUUCUCGGAGACUAGGACGCAGAACAUGACGCGGCCAGUAGAGCUGCCAGGGGACAAGGUCAACCCGCUCUCCCUCGCUAGGCUGAACUGA